AUGCCACUCGUAAUCAUCACCGGUCUCCCCUGCUCAGGCAAAACAUACCGUGCACAGCAGAUCACCAAUGAACUAAAUGCCUACAUCGCAUCGAACCCAGCCUUGUCGAAACGAAGCGUGCAAAUCAUUCAUUCGCACCACUCCUCAUUAGAUGAGAUAUUUGAGCCUGAUGAUCUGGUCGAUGUGAAGCCUGGCCUCCGCGAUGAAAUAUACAACAGUGCUUCGCGGGAGAAGACUGCACGAGCAGAGGAGUUCUCUGCAAUCAAGCGGGCACUGGCCAAGGAUAACAUCGUCGUAGCGGAUGGCUUGAAUUAUAUCAAAGGCUACAGAUACCAACUAUGGUGUGAAGCCAAGGCGGCUGCCACAAGGUGCUGCGUUGUCUACGUAGCCGCACAGGAAGACGAAUGCAAGAAAUGGAACCGCGAACGGCUAAGGGCACGGGGAAAGCAUUCUGCUGAUGAGGUAGAGCCCAUACCGCCUAGUAGGCAGGCACCGGACAUCCAAGGAACCAACGUCCUAGGAGAGUUGGCGCCUGAGAGUCAUACUGCGGUCUACGGAGACAGGGUUGUGGAAAAGAUCAGCAGGUCGGGAUCGUCCUCUUUGGAUGGUCUCGCUCUAAACGAGCCCAGGGACUCGAGGCCGAAUAUUCCAGACGACAGCAUGACGCUGAAGUCUCUUUACAUCGACGAGAAAGGCAAUGGUGCCUCGACUACGGGAAAGGCCUCGACCGGAAUCUCUCACGCAGUAGAGACGCCCGCACAAUCAAACACAGGAGCAGGAGCUGAUAUCAGCCUACCCUCGCCAGCCUCGACGCCCCCUUACUCCUCAAGCACGCUUACUUCUCUGAUCAUGCGCUACGAACCUCCGUCGCCCUUCUCACGAUGGGACACUCCGCUGUUCACCAUCCCAUCCUUCGAUGCUUCGCUGCCGACCGACCAGAUCUGGGCUGCACUGUACCCGGCACCCACCAAGCCCAUGAGCAAGAAAGCACUCGCACAUCUCUCUUCGUCCCAACGCGACAGCAACGACGGUGUUCGGAGUAGCAACUCAGACCAUCCACAGGCCACAGCCACAGCCACGACAGGAGUCAGACAGCAUGCGGCAACCGUCUUGCCCCAAGCCACAACCUCGGACGCACUCCAAGUCCUAGAGAGCGCCACGAUGGACGUGGUCAAACACUUGCUCUCAGCCGCCCGCGACGCAGGCCUGGCUGGCGGAUCAGGGGGCGGCGGAGGGAAUCUUGCCUUCUCCAUCCCGCUACCGCCGCCCAACGCGAACUCGCCCAUCGAAGCGACCAUCUACAUCCCGCCGUCAACGAUCCUGAGCCAGCCAUUGCUGCAACGGCUGCGCCGGAAGUACACGCAGAUCCAGCGGGGUGGGAUUGCCCACGGCCAAGGCUACAUCAGUGGCCGGCAGGCUGUCAUCGAGGGGUUCGUCACUUUCCUCGAUGAGGAGUGGAAUGGAAGUGAGUGA